UUCUGCAGAAACAUUGGAUAAUAUAAGUUAGCAUUAACACUAAAUUUGGAUUUAAAUAAUUUACAUUAACAACAAAUUACUAGUAUUACAGUUUUAUACAAAAAGAAAAUUGUGUAAUAUCACACAUAAAAUGAAGUGGAUAAUUUUUGGUGUUAUGUUGAUAAUAUGGAAUUGCAUAAUAUCCUGUCAAGAUAUUGUGUUUCCUGAUGACGAAGAAAUAACUCAUGUCAGUGGCAACAAUGUGUCGAUAACGGAGCGUAUUCCAGUAGCUGCACCAGAUAUAUGUCGCGAAAAUAUGCUUCUUUAUCCAGGAAGUGGAAAUAUUAGCACAUGGGUAUGUGAUUGCAGACCCAGAUUUUUAUAUUUUCCAUUAUCUGAUUCAUGUUACGAAGCUUAUAAACAAGGACCUUGUCAACCAAAAAAUUACGUGGUACUUCCUAAAAAUGAAAGUGUGCCAAAAUGUGUAAAAAAUCCUUGUUUAGAGGAUGGUUUAGUAUCAUAUAACAACACAUGUUAUCCUUUAAGAACUAUGGGAGGCCCUUGUGGUCCUGAUGGAGUGAUAGGAGUAAACGAAACUACUUUUGAGUUAGAGUGUGUACCAACAGAAAUUGCGCCAUUUGUAAUAAUUCAAGUACCGAAACGGCAACCAUGUCCUCCAGGAAGUCGCAGAAUCGCUCUUGGAAUGUGUAGAGAAAUACUUUAAAUUGAUUUUUUGUACCAAAUAUUUUGGUACAAAAAUUUCUGUUUAUAAUGAACUAUUUGUUCAUUUGGUUGAUUCAAUAUAAUAAAUAUAAACAUAUUAUUAUGAUUUGAGUAUAUUAUGAGAAUAUAUGCUAUACAUAUUUACAAAAUAUAUUACUUAAUUAAUUAAGUAUAUUCACGACGAAAUUCUUAAUUUAUGUACAUUCAAAUAUAUAUUUUUAUUUUUAUAAAAUUUAUACCAUCAAGCUGGGUAUUAAAUUCAUUGAUAUAAAUUACUGGUUUGUAUUACUAUUUUGACAGUUACUAUUUUUAUGCACUAUAUAUACAGAUCAACAAAAAUGUAAUACAAGAAUAAAAUCCGUUAUAUUUAACAA